GGGUGGUGCGUCGGGGGGAAGAACGCAUUAGCAGCAUCAAUCAUCGCCAUUGCUGCGACCUGCGAGCGGCAACGAAGUAGAAGAAGAAGAAGACGAAGAACUGAAGAGAGAGAAGCAAAAGCAAUGACGUUAGCGUGGUUGGAAGCAGCACUUCCGUUGGGAAUCAUCGCUGGGAUGCUCUGCAUAAUGGGCAACGCUCAGUACUUCAUCCAUAAAGCCGCUCAUGGCCGUCCGAAGCACAUUGGGAAUGAUAUGUGGGAUGUGACCAUGGAGCGCCGGGACAAGAAGCUCAUGGAACUCGCCUCCGCUUCCUCCUCUCCAUCGAAUUAGAUCAUAUUCAAGUUCUUCCCAACGGAUGCUUCGCCGAAAGACUCGUGAUGGAAUAAUGGCUGCUGAUCUCAAGUUCUAUUUUCUGUUACAUUUGAAACUUCCUUUUGGCUUUGUGGUAAUGUUCGGGGAAUUUGGUGCUUGAAUAUAUACUCUUUAUCUUGAAGAUAAUACUAUUGGUGAUUGGCCAUCUUCGUCAAUGUAGAAAGAUCAUUUGCCUUUAUCC